UUAUCUGCACCUUGGUCAUACUUCACACUCAUCUUGUCUCGUUACGUCCGGAAAAAUACAACCAUUUUUUUAAACGCUUAUUGUAUUAAUCCCUGUCCCAUGAACACGCCAAAUUCCUCGCUGUUCUACUGCUGCCUUUCUUUGUUUCCUCUGUUUCUUCUCAUCUUCUUACUCUCCAAGUCUUCCAAAUCGCCGUCGUUGCGGCAGAGCUCCUCGGUGCACUAGCUCUAAUUUUGAUUGCCUCCGGUUAGUUUUAUGGUGAUGAUUCACUCGGCUUCUUCUUUAUGGACUGCUCGUUGCUGCUGAUUGAUCUACAGUGCUGCUUGAUCACCAUCGAUACUGUAAUUUUCAGGGCAACGCACUGGCUCCGGUUUUAGGCAAGCUACAAAGAUGUGAGUAUGAUGGGGAGUUCCUAAAGGUUGCAUGCCGCAGGUUGGAGUCAAUGCUUAUGUAACUAUUUGCUAAUUAUGGGUGAAGGUUAACAAAUAGACUUCAAUAAAUGUGUUCUUCUUAAAUGUGUUCUUCUUAUUUUGGCUAGGUUACCUUUGUUUACUCGUUUCUGGGGUGCUACUUUGUAAUAAUUGGAUGUAACUCUUUUUAAGCAAAUGCUGGGAUGAUAUAUUCUAUUAUCUUAAAAAAAUGCAUAUUGGCUCUGCGCUAGCUUGUUGCAACCCGCAGGGAAUGGGGUUAGACCGGCUGUGCUGUGCUCGGGUGGAGCAUGCUAAGGUAUAGCUUUGUAAAAAAAGAAAAAAAAAAGUACGAAUUACCCAAUUACAGUACUAGACUAUUUUAACCCUAAAUUUUUUAAACUGGAUAAAUUACCUCCUAUAACUCAGCUCGAAGCGGUUUUAAUCUUAGUCUCGAAGCGGUUUUAAUCCCACAGGCACACAAGUGGCAGUCUAAUCGAUAAAAAUAAUAAAAAAUAGUGGGCCCCGCUUAUCAGCAUCUUCUCUCUUUUGCUUUCUUCCACCUCCUUCCCCUCCCAUCCAUCUCUCUCUCCAGUCACCAAGGAGCACUGAGUAAUGGCAGCAACGGCAUCACCAACGCGGGAGGAGAGGAGCAGCAGGUAGCGUGCGUCUUGCAGCCUCAACGGCACGCGCUAGGGGUGGCGGAGGACGGCGCGACAGUCUAGGCGAGGGCGGCGGCAGCAUUCCCGGCGGCAGGCGGCAAUGGUGUGCGAGACGAGGGCGGCGAAACGGGAUGCGGCCUCGGCUUCCAUCAACACGCGGGAGCUAGGGCGAGCUCCGGCGCUGAACCUCUCCGGUAACCGGCUCACCGGCGAGUUACUGGAGGGGUUCUUCUCGCUGGCGCUGCUCGAGAAGGUGGAUCUCUCCGGGAUGCCGGCGAGCGCCUUCCUCGGCACGACGCUCUGCGGCGCCCUGCUCGCCCCGUGCGCCAACCCCGCGCUGCUGCCGUCAUCGCUCGGGAACAGCAAGGGCGGAGGGAAGCUCACCCGUGGCGCGGUCAUCGGCAUCAUCCUCGACGUCGUGGCUGUGCUCAUCGUCAUGCUUGUUGGGAAUAGUCCCACGUUGAAAGUUUAG